AGCACGAAGUGAAACGUUACUGUCGGCCAACCCAUUUUUCUCGGACAAACCCGGAAGUUGUUUGUCUGUGUGCCUGGAAGAAGGAGAGCAGCUCCGACACUUGUAACCUCUCUUGCUUGCUUGAUAAAGCAGUCCGCUUCACUCACUGAGGUCAGCAUCACCCCAGGUUUGUGUGCGUGAGUGUGUCUUGGUCAGGUGUGUCCAUGUGAGUGUAUCAAGGGUGUUUUAGGGUGAUGUACUUUUCAUAUCAAAAUCACGAGGAGUUGGAAGAUGACCUCUACCAAGAGGAUGCAGGAGAAAGUGAGGGGUCCGAGGCUAACAGCGAGUUGGAGUUCCAGCUUUACAGCCAACUCCACUAUUCCUCUAAUGCUGGGGAGUUGGAGGAGCAGGAGAGCAAAGGAGAGAAGGCUGAGGGCCAGAACAACCAGCAGCCAGAGGUGACUAAGAAGACUGCAGAUGGUGAUGGAGAAGUUGGACACACUGUGGAAAGAGAGCCUGUGUCACUGGAUACAAGCAAGCUACGACAACACCUGAAGAAGAAGAAAGAGAAGCAUGUUAAACAGAAGAAGGGGGAAAGUGUUUCUAAAGGCCAGAGGUUGUCAUCAUCACUUUUUGAGGAGGUCAUCGUGAUUGACUCUAGUCCCAAUAUCAUUAGCAUCUCUGAGGAUGACACUGCUGAGGACAAUGGGGUCUGUGCCACAAAGGGUCGAGGGUUACAGCAGCUGCAGACUUCCACCCCAGCACUACAGGGAAACCUCAAAAGGAAGAGGAGUUUUUGUGUGCCAGUGACUUUGGACUCCAGCAGCUCAGAAUCAGAAUCAGAAUCAGAAGAGUCAGAGUCCAAAAGUGAGUCUGAUUCUUAUGAUUCAUCGGAUUCAGAUGGUCUGGAGAGCUGGAUGAUCCUGGGUCCAGCGAAGCAGGAUGGAGACCAGUGCAUCUCACUCAACCUGGAGGUGGGGCCUGACAGCAUUGCAGAUGCUGAAGAAGAGGAGGGUACCUGGUUGGUUUCUGACAAGGACAUGGAGGCUCAGAUCUACAACAAAGACAGGGGUGCUAGGAAAGCAGUGCAGCAUCUGUCAAACAGAUACUAUACUGACAAGAACGUCCACUGCAGAAACUGCAACAAGAUUGGGCAUCUCUCCAAGAACUGCCCUGAGCCCAAAAAGUUGUCGCCCUGCUUCCUUUGUGGCACCACAGGUCACCUUGCCAUUGAAUGUCCCAACAAGCACUGCAACAACUGCGGACUGCCCGGUCAUCUGUACGGGUCCUGCAGUGAGCGUGCGUACUGGCAGAAACAGUGCCAUCGCUGUGGCAUGACAGGACACUUCUAUGACGUUUUCCACAAAGUUUUGGAAAUUGGCAUUAGUGUAAAUGGGUAA